GGCCGGAGCUGCGGGCUGAGCGCGGAGCGGCAGAUUGGCACGUGAGGCCCGCGGGGACCUGGGGGUGAGGAGACCCUUGGAACGGGAUUGCGGGGCUGACGGCAUUGGGUGCAUGACUGGAACCCUGCCAGCAGUCCCCUCGGGAUGCUCUGGGCAUGGCCUCUGGAGCCCCCGAGCAGAGCAGCUGGAUAGCAGAGGAGACCCCCAGCUUCCUGGACGAGUUCCUCCGCGACUUCCCAGCCCCACUGAGCCCAGAGAGCCCUUUGCCGUGGAAGGUCCCAGGGACAGCGCUGAGCCAGGAGGAGGUGGAGGGCGAGCUGGCCGAGCUGGCGGUGGGCUUCCUGAGCAACAGGAAUGCUCCACCACCACUUGCUUCAUCUCUGGCCCAUGAAGCAAUUUCCCAGCUGCUGCAGACAGACCUUUCUGAAUUCAGGACAUUGCCCAGGCAGGAGGAGGAGGAGGAGGACAACGAGGAAGUGGAGGAGCAGAAGGCCCCUGUGACCUUGCUGGACACCAAGGGCCUGGCGUGGAGCUUCUUUAACCGUCUCUGGGAAGUAUGCAGCCAUUGGCAGAAGCAGGUGCCCUCGACAGCCCGGGUUCUGCCACGGCAGUGGCUGGUCUCCAUUCACGCCAUCCGGAACACUCGCCGCAGGAUGGAGGACCGGCAUGUAUGCCUUCCUGCCUUCAACCAGCUCUUCGGCCUGUCCGACCCUGUGGACCGCGCCUACUUUGCAGUGUUUGAUGGUCACGGGGGAGUGGAUGCCGCGAGGUACGCUGCCGUGCAUGUACACGCCAACGCGGCUCACCAGCCGGAGCUGCGCACAGACCCUGCGGAAGCCCUCAGAGAAGCUUUCUGGCGCACCGAUGAGAUGUUCCUCAGGAAAGCCAAGCGCGAGCGACUGCAGAGCGGAACCACAGGUGUGUGCGCGCUCAUCGCAGGAGAGACCCUGCACGUCGCCUGGCUCGGGGACUCCCAGGUUAUCCUGGUACAGCAGGGACAGGUAGUGAAGCUGAUGGAGCCACAUAGACCCGAGCGACAGGACGAGAAGGAGCGCAUCGAAGCGCUGGGGGGCUUCGUGUCUCACACGGACUGCUGGAGAGUCAACGGGACCCUGGCUGUCUCCAGAGCCAUUGGGGAUGUCUUCCAGAAGCCCUAUGUGUCUGGAGAGGCAGACGCGGCCUCCCGGGAGCUGACCGGCUCUGAGGACUACCUACUACUGGCUUGUGAUGGCUUCUUUGACGUAGUCGCCCACCAGGAGGUUGCCGGCCUUGUGCAGAGCCACCUGGUCCGGCAGCAGGGCAGUGGGCUGCGUGUCGCUGAGGAGCUGGUGGCUGCAGCCCGGGAGCGGGGCUCCCAUGACAACAUCACGGUCAUGGUGGUCUUCUUCAGGGAUCCCCAAGACCUGCUGGAGGGUGGUGUCCAGGGGGCUGGGGACUCCCAGAGAGACCGGAGAAGUCAGGCCGUGCCCUCUGACCUCUCAGAGUCAGAGAGCAAUGCUCCGUGGAGAAGUGAGGAGGCCCAGGCCCCCGGUGGUCCCUGCCUGUAACCCCACCCCUCAGAUGUCCUAGGACCCGACGGGUAGUGGUGGCAAGCGGGCACCACCCAAGCAGUGCUUUCCCCUAGGAUUCCCGAGUCCUCACACUGCUCCCACUGGUCCGUCCGGACCGCUGCGGAGAUGUGCGGGACGGUGGCAUCAUGCCUUGCUCAUGACGGGCAGUAGAACAAAGGAGUCCUCACCAAAGCGAAAAUGACCCGGGAACUGGACUGGCUCUUGCUCCCCAUGGGGCAGGGGUGGAACCAGAGGCCACAGUCACUGACUGCAGCCAGACCAAAGACACCGGGCAGCAGGACACUGUGUGGGCCCUUGGGCAGACCCAGGGUGCCCGAUGCAGGUUUCUCACCCAUUCCUCGUCGGCCUCAGCGGUGGGCUUCAUGUCUGCAGACACGCCUGGCGGGGCCUGGCUGGUGGAGCUUGCUCCCCAAACAGGAGAGGAUCGGGGAUCGGGUCUGCGGCAGUCACCCGCCUGCAUCAUGGCAGCCGUGACGUGUGGCUCUGGCCUCACUGGCCCCUCUCGUCCUCCACACACCCCGGGAGGGGAAGCUCAGAGAUGCUACACUUGUCUGUUGUGUGCCAACCCCCCUCUUCCCGCCCGGGGAAAAGUCCAAUUCGGAAAAGCAGUAUUUCAGGUUUUGUCUUUGUUCCAUCAGUGCCAGGGGGACCUGUUUGUCUAAUAAGCAGAGCUUAGCAUUUAUUUUAUUCCUUAGAAAACUUAACGUAUUGAUAUUUUUUAGGGGAAACUUUUUUUGCAGUAUUACCAAUUUUUUUUUUCUUAAAUCAAGAUUGAAACAAAAAUCUUUCCAGGUAGUGUUAAUAAGCCAUUCAAGUGCCUUAAACAGUUUUAGGUAAGGCUGGACCUGCCAGGCCUGGGAUGGGCUCUUAAUAGGCACAUUUAAGUUUCCACAAAAGCGGGAUUGAUUUUGUGACAGUGGAUGGUUUAGGCUAGAAUUCUUCCCAGGAGAGUGACAUUCCACUGGCAGCAAAGUGGCUGGUCCCUAAGAACGUGGGCUGUGCGGCAUGGCCCAGGCCAGACCACGGGGCUCCGGGAGCUCAGGGUGACCCUGGCCCCUGCCUGAUCCCCACCUUCCUUGGCUCUGCCACUUGGUAUCUGGCUGGACCUUAGGCUGAGAGCCUGAACUCCAUGAGCAGGCAGAGCCUUGCUGCUGUUUGGAAUGUUCCAGAAUGUCCUGUGUGUUGGUAGUUGGAUUGGUUUCAUUCAGAAACACAUGAAAGAGGCUCUGGCAAGUCUGGUGUAGCUGGUGGGUCUGUUUGGAGGCAGCCGAGUGCAGCCAGGAGUCUGUCCCACCCACCCAGCCCUUGCCCCUCUUUCUGCCAACAGCUGGUGGCCCCUGCUGCCUUGCUGUGUCUGCCUGCAGCAUUGCCUGUCUGUGAGAGAGCGUGUCCGGGUCCCCGACUGCUCUGGGAAGGCGAAGCUCACGGUGGGGAUGAUACAACUGUGUGGAGUAGAGAGUGGUGGUCUAAGCAGGGCAGUGAGCGGCUUAACCGAGGCCCUGGCAGGGUGUUCCCUGGGCGCUGGGCAGUGGGAGGAAGCUUGGUGCCAGGGCCCCACGCCAGGAGGUGCAGAGGGAGCAUUCCGAGUCCACUACAGCAGCAGGGCCCCAGAUCGGUCCGCGCAGGGAGCCCCCAAUCCCAGUGGCACUGAGGGGAGUCCCAGGGAAGGAUAGGAGCCUUGGGGGGCCACUGCCUGAAGGCUGACUCUACCCCUUUCCUAGAGCAGGACGAAGACACUGAGGCCAUGUAGUCAAUGCCUUGCUUGGGCCUCGUGAUAAAGCAUCUUAGACACAGGCACUGCUGUUCAGAGAAAGUUCGGCAGCCAGCAUGACCAAGUGUUGCCCCAUUUCACUCGAAGGCCCCCACUGCCUUCUGGGGGUCAGAAGCCCCUUUGUCAGCCCCUCCCAGCACAAGACUCGGUGUGGCCCCACCCUUUACUUACAGCCUGGCAUCCUGAGGGCGUGGCCUGACUGGAAGGAGGGGGCAGUGGGCUCGGUUUUUUUCCUCUUUUAUUUGCUGAUCUUAUUCCAUUGAUUGCUGCCAAGAGAGAAGCUUCGCUGUGUGGGGUCUGGAUUACACCACUUAAUGGUCUGCUUUGUGCCCUGGCUGGAGGCUCCACCAGGACAUUUCUCCAGGCUUGUCCUGCUGUCUUUCUGACCCCCAGCCAGGCUGCUGGGCUCCAAGCCUGAACCCCAGCCCCACCGCCAGCAGAGGUCUUUGCGGUCUGGCCGGCCUGGCAGCCCAAAGAGUCUGUGUUCUCUUGCUGCGGCCCUAGGCACAGAGCGGUUCUUUUCCAUUGGGACUGGCUGCAGGGGGAGCCACUGGGAGACCCUCAACCUCUGAGCAGCUGGCUCCACUUCCUCUUCAGUUCCCAAGAGGGCUCCUAGCUGAGACACUGGUCUGGAAACCUUGAUCCCCCUCUCAAGUCCCAGCUUUGCCACCGGCUCCUUAUGUGAGCUGCAAAAGUCAUUGUACCUCCCUGGGCCUCAGUUUCCCCUUUUUUGGGCACAGUGUUGCACUGAAUUUGCAGCAGCUUCUGGAAUUCUGGAGGAGCAGGGAGGCCCUGGGGCAAACCCAGCACGUCCUGGAGAGAUGCUGCUGAGGACCCCUCCCCCACCACCAGCAGGGUGAUUAAGUAUUACUAGUGUCUAUUCUUAAAACUAAGUGGGUUGGAAAAGAAUUGAGCUACUGAUGCCAGGGCUUUAUGUGGAAUACAAAAGCUGGAGAACUCUAGCUCCACUUUUACAGGUAAAGCCGAUCCCAAGUGGGGGUGGGGGUGGGGUGGGAGAGGGGGGCAGGCACAGCGGGGCUCCCCAGGGCAGCUAGUCUAACUACCCACCUGCUGAAAUCCAGAGGUGAACCCAUGACCUCCCCAACCCAGCCUGUCCUCAGCACCCAGGGCUAGGAAAUGGGUGUGCUUUAGGGAGAUAGCAGUAGGUGCCAGGCCGCGGGGAGAAGCAGGGGCUUGCUGAGAUCCUGGAUCCCACCCUCCCUGAGCCCACUGCAGUCCCGCCUCACCCCUUCCCCCAGCUACCUCAGCAGUGUUCCUAGGGCUUCGGGCACAGCUCUGACAGGCCUGGCCUGAUGCCAGCCCUGCGGCAGCCAGGCGGGCUUGUGCAGACUGGGCUGUUUGGUUUGAUCCUGCCCAUAUCCCAGAGGGGCAGCCCCUAGGGCCUGGGCUCUCCUCGGGGGCCCCACAGCUUUGCCAAACUUGCCGCGCUUUGCCGUUCUCACGCUGUGCCAGCCUUGCCAAGGGUUUAUCUGUGCGCAUUUUGUGAGGUUCUGUGGGGGGUAGGGGUCCUUUCUAAGGCCGGGUGGCUAUUACCCUGCCUGCAGGGACCAGAAAGGCCGUCUCCUCCCAGGGCUGCUGUGCUCAAGUGUUAAUAAACCAUGAGUUCUGAAACA